CCAAGGUGGGUUCUUGAGAGCGAGAGUUUGGAGUUUCAUUUCGAGUAUGAUCGGCGUGCGAGGAGCUGGGAUCCUCCAAAAAAGCAAUUUUUAACAUGAAUGAUUGGAUCCUGCUCGUCAAGGGGCGAGCAGAAUGAUUCCCGGCUUGCACCAAGGGCCAUGAAAAUCGUCCGGGACGAAGAGGAUCGAGAGAUCAGAGUGAGCGAGAGGAAGAGAGAGAGAGGGAGAGACCAAGGAUAAGCUUAGUUUUUCGGGUUCCACUAACUGCUGCUGGGAAUCUCAGGGGUCACACACUAUGAAAGGAUUCUCUUUUCAAGUAUAAAGGGCACCGAUUCGUCCAUGCGUGCUCUCCCGCUCUCGCUCUCUCUCUCUCUCUCUCUCACACACACACACACAUACACGCUCCCAUCUUGAUCUUGCUUGUGACAAUUGGCGAUCUUUCUAGCUUCCAUAAGCCGCAAAUCUGUGCAAGCGCUCGAGAGGGACUCCGUGAAGAUUGAAGCUGGGAAGACAAUGCCUGUCUAGAGAAGGAGGAAGAAGGAUAAAGAAAGAAGAAAGAGCAGAGGAGCUUAGCGAUAUAUAAAGUUUCUUUCCAGCGCGCAUUCUUUCCGGGCCGAUUGAUUGAUUGAUCCUCGAAUUUUGCUGACACCGCCGAUCGAGAGAGGGCUUUUUGUCCGAGAUUUCAUGUCAAUCCGUGUCCCAUCGGCAAGCCGUGGACACGGGGAGGAGCAUGACAGGCUUCUUCAUCUGCUUCAUCAGGUGGUGCAUGGCUAUGGCGGUCGUCUUUGCUCUCGCGGCAGAUCUUUGCGAGCUCAAGGCCAGCGCGAGGAAGACAAUGCACGAUCGCCACCACCAGCACCACCAUUCAUCCACAGAAACGACGACCCUUCACGUCCCCGCUUCCUCCUCCUCUAGCUUCUCUCGUUCACAACACCAGCAUCACCACCACCACCAUCGCCACCACCAACAAUCUCCGCGAAUGGACCAACAAGACAAGCUUGGCACUAGCGAUGAUUCAAGAGUGUUUGGCUACGCCGCUCACAGCCCUCCAUCGCAAGGGACGCUGCUGAGCGAUCCAUUGCCUUCUCCUCGAGCUCCACCAUUCUAUCCGGGAUCAUCCACCUCGGAUGCUUCCUUCUACACCUCCGAGCACCUCGUUCCCAGCGGCCCGGAUCCUCUCCACAACUAAAAAUCCUCCAGGAAAUCUUGAAGCUCUUCUGCUGCUCGAUCGAUACAGAAGCUAGGUACGAGCGAGCGAGGAUCACAAACAACUUCGUUCCAGCCAGGGCCAAAAGAUACGUAUAUAUGAUCUUAGAACUUCGAGGGAGUUUUUUCUUUUUUUGUGUCCUUCUUCCAAGGCUCUUCUAACAACGAGCAAGCACACCACCGAGCAGUGACCAGCACCAGCACCACUACUCACACAGAGAUCGAAAAGCCCUCCUCGGCCUUUUUGUGGCUUUUUGGAUUUUGAUUGACUGGACUGAUUGAUUGGUUUGAUUCAAUCAUCAUCAUCGCCAACAACAAAGGAAGAGCUUUAGUUCUUCAUCAAAGUAUUGGGGCUUUUCACAAAAAAUUUCUCGAGUCCAGCAACAGGUUGAUUGAUCGUAGAAGUUUGUAUCUGCCCAAUACUUCGAUGAAGAGGAUAAAAAUCUCUGCCUCAUGGCUUACGAGCGCAAGUUCUUCGUUGGCUGUGUGGUUCCUCCAGCCAGUUCUUUCUUGACAACAGGGAGGAACCAAAAAAAAUUUUGUUCUUGGGGAACUUCGAUCAUAACUUAUGAAUCAAACGAAACCAUUCCAAGGUGUAA